ACGCAGAGGAGGAGAGAGAGAGAGAGGGGGAGGGUAGCAGCAGAGGAGGAGAGAGGAGAGGAGGGCUGAGUCCACGUGAAGCCAAGAGGCGGAGGAGGAGGAGCGAGAGAUCCCCCUCUCCCUCCCUCUCUCCGGCCAUGGAUCCUCCCUACGCAGGAGCUAUUAUUGAACCUGCUAAAUGCCGAUUGAUGAGUGUGGAUGAAAAGAAGGAUCUUGUUCGUGAAUUAUCGAAGAGGCCACAAACUGCUCCUGACAAACUACAGUCAUGGAGUCGGCGUGAUAUUGUAGAGAUUCUUUGUGCUGAUCUUGGAAGGGAAAGGAAAUAUACUGGAUUAUCUAAGCAGAGAAUGCUGGAUUAUCUCUUCAGGGUGGUGACUGGCAAAUCAUCUGGCCCUGUGGUGCAUGUGCAAGAAAAGGAGCCAACUCUCGAUCCCAACGCAAGUAACCAUCAGUACCCCGCGAAACGUCAAAGGAAGAGUGACAAUCCAUCACGACUGCCGAUUGCUGUCAACAAUCCGCAAACCGCAGUUGUACCCGUGCAAAUUAAUAAUGUGCGGUCCUGCCGGAAUAUAGCAUGCAGAGCGAUUCUUAGCAUGGAAGAUAAAUUUUGCAGACGCUGUUCAUGCUGCAUAUGCUUCAAGUAUGAUGACAACAAGGACCCUACCAUAUGGUUGUCCUGUAGUUCAGAUCAUCCCAUGCAAAAGGAUUCUUGCGGGCUAUCAUGCCAUCUUGAGUGUGCUCUCAAGGAUGGAAGAACUGGCAUUCUGCCGAGUGGGCAGUGCAAGAAACUUGAUGGUGCUUAUUACUGCCCUAACUGUCGGAAGCAGCAUGAUUUGCUCAGGUCCUGGAAGAAACAACUAAUGUUAGCUAAAGAGGCUCGGCGGCUGGAUAUAUUGUGUUACCGGAUUUUUCUGGGUCAUAAGGUCCUCUUCUCCACCGAGAAGUACUCGGUCUUGCAUAAAUUUGUUGACAUAGCAAAGCAGAAACUUGAGGCUGAGGUUGGAUCUGUAGCCGGGCAUGGAAGUAUGGGUCGUGGAAUUGUCAGUCGUCUUACUUGUGGUGCUGAAGUUCAGAAACUUUGUGCUGAGGCACUAGAUGUCAUGCAGUCUAAGUUCCCUGUUGAAUCUCCUACUAACUCACAAUUUGAACGAUCCAAUAUGAUGCCAUCGAGCUUCAUAAAGUUUGAACCUAUAACUCCUACAUCUAUCACUGUAGUUUUUGAUUUGGCUCGAUGUCCUUACAUCUCCCAAGGGGUAACUGGCUUUAAAGUAUGGCACCAGGUGGAUGGUACAGGAUUUUACUCGUUAAAUCCAACUGGCACCGUACAUCUAAUGUCAAAAACAUUUGUUGUCACUGAACUCAAGCCAGCUACAUGCUAUGUGAUCAAGGUAACUGCAUUCAGCAACUCCAGUGAGUUUGCGCCAUGGGAAGCCAGGGUAAGUACAAGCUCUCUGAAAGAAAGUGAUCUGAAGAGUUUGGCUCCAGGUGGUGCUGGAUUAGUAGACCAAAAUAACAGGAGCCCAAAGACAAAUAGUGGUGGUCAAUCUGAUCGUUCUUCAGAGGGAGUUGACUCAAACAAUAAUGCAACAGUGUACACUGAUCUUAACAAGUCACCGGAAAGUGAUUUUGAGUACUGUGAAAAUCCUGAGAUCCUUGAUUCAGACAAAGUGCCUCAUCAUCCCAACGGGCCUAGCAAUAACUUGCAAAACAUGCAGAUAGUUGCAGCUAGGGUACCAGAGGUGACUGAACUGGAGGAAGCUCCUGGGCUCUCAGCGUCAGCUUUGGAUGAGGAGCCUAAUUCAACAGUUCAAGCUGCUUUACUUAGGGAGUCUUCAAACUCAAUGGAGCAAAACCAAAGGAGCGAAGUUCCUAUAUCACAGGAUGCAUCAAAUGCAACUGCUGGAGUUGAGUUGGCUCUUGUUCCUCGAUUUGUUGGCUCUAUGCCACCCACUGCACCAAGAGUUAUGGAAACUGGUAAGGAGACUGGUGGAAGGAGCUUCAACACAAAACCUUCUGACAACAUCUUUCAAAAUGGCUCCUCAAAGCCUGAUAGAGAGCCAGGGAAUUCGUCAAACAAAAGAUCGGGUAAAUUCGAGGAUGCUGGCCACAAGGAUGGAUGCCCCGAAGCAACUUAUGAGUACUGUGUCAGGGUGGUGAGGUGGCUGGAGACUGAGGGCUAUAUUGAGACCAACUUCAGGGUGAAGUUCUUGACAUGGUACAGCUUGCGUGCUACCCCGCAUGAUCGGAAGAUUGUCAGCGUGUACGUGGACACCCUCAUCAAUGAUCCUGCAAGCCUCUGCGGCCAGCUGACCGACACCUUCUCGGAGGCGAUCUACAGCAAGAAGCCGCCUUCAGUCCCCUCUGGCUUCUGCAUGAACCUCUGGCAUUAAGCGCGACGGAAGCUGUCACUGCCUUCUCUUUCCGGGGAGGGUGCGUGCCUUUGUCCCAUUCUUUCGUAGCAGAUCGAUCGUUGCAUUGAUUCUUCAUUGGAGAUUUCAUUGAAGCAGUAGUUGACUUAUAUACAAUGUGUUGUUGGUUGUAACCUUGUCUGUCCGCCGUUACCGUAGGAGGUUUAUGUUACCUGGCACCUUAUUUCAUCUCUUCUGCUACUCUCUAGUCUGCUUGCGUCGUCUCAUGCUAUCUUGGUAGCAUGAUGAGCUGCGCGAGUCGUCGUCAGUCGUUGCGUCGCCUCGUGCUACCUUGGUAGCAUGAGGAGCUGCGCGAGUCGUCGGUCGGGUUAAAGCAUGGAACAUGAGUUGUGCUGAGUCGUCGGUCGGGUUAAAAGCAUGGAACAUGAAAUCUUCUGUUUCCAACUGUUGCAAGAAGAAUGAUUCUUAUGUAUGCUGAAUCUGGCUGAGUUUUUACUGUGUCGUCAUUA